GAUAUCUCAAUUAAACGUAUAUCUAACCAUACAUUUUUCUUAUUUUCUUCAAAUUCACAAUAGUGCUCGUCUUACUAUUCAAGUUGUAACUUAACCUCGGAAAUAGCGCUUUGGGUAAUUAAAUUUUCUCCGUUAUCAAUAUUCCCGCCACCCCUAUAUAUACAUAUAUAUACAGCUAACAGCCACAAACAUAUCUAGACAAUUUAUCUAGUUGUGACAAGAAUUCCUAAUGGUGGUAUCAUUGGGAUAUGAAUUCCCUAAUCCAUUGGCACUGCAACAUGGAAGUUCCAUUAAUCCAGAAUUUUUUGCCAUUAUAGUUCAAAUUUUCUCAAUCCUUGCUGGACUCUUUGCACUCUAUCAACUUUUAGAAAUAUUAUUAUCUCCACAAUAUGGAAGCUUUAACAUCAAGUAUUCAUUCAGGAAAAGAUAUUGGAUUGGUGGAAUUCGUGCUGUAUUCAGAGCUGGUCUUACAGUAUUAAGUGGACUCUGUAUGGCCGGAUUAUCAAUAAAGAAUUAUAGCUCAACAACCUCCGAAUCAAAUUCUUUCCAAUUUCUUGCCGUCACUUCAAUAGUGUCCUUAUUUGUAAUUGCACCACUUCAAUUGCUUGAAACUACUAGAUCUACCAUUCAACUCGCUUCUGUAUUGCUAUGGUUCCUUGGAACUUCUGUCUGGACAAUCGGUGCCAUUGUGCAAGACUUCGCACUGACUGAUUAUAAAAUAGUUGCAAAAAGCCAUUCAACUUUAAGUCUUACCUUGGAAGUAUUGGUCGUAAUUUACACCAUCCUUUCGUAUUUCUUGGAAUUAAAAUAUUGGUCUCCGACUCAAGAAUUAAUUGAUUAUUACGCUCUUAAUGAAUGGGAUCUUGAUACCGAUCAUAAUUUAUUUGUUCUUGUGUCCUUUUCGUGGGUGCAAAAAAUAAUUCAUCAGCUCUAUAUCGAUGAUGAUAUUGAUGCAGUUGAUUUACCGCCUCCAAUCUCCAUCUUAAGUCCAGAAUACACACUGAAACGUCUUCAAGUAGUGUGGGAUCAAGCGGUUCUGAAUGCAAUUAGUAAAAGGAAAUCACCCAAUGACCCCUUGAAUGUUUCUCUUUUCUUUUGUCUUGUAAAGGCAUUCAAAGGGAUCAUGUUCAUUGAUUUCAUCAUUUCAUUGUUGAGCACAAUCUUAGCAUAUGCGCAACCAUUCCUUCUACUGUGGUUUAUCCGGUUCUUCUCCCAAUCUGAAUCUGAUCACCUUCAUCCUCCUCCGCUUAUUGAAGGUUAUUUUGUGGCCCUCUUGAUGUUUCUUCUUGCAACAGUUAAAAAUUUAUUCCUUUCAUCGUUUAUCUCACAGAUUGUUUCUUCGUCUUGUCUGACUUCCCUUAAAGUUUUGAUCUACAACAAGGCCCUUAGACUCUCUCCUGAAGCACGCAAGGGUAAAACAACCGGUGAUAUUGUCAAUAAUGCUACCACUGAUGUUUCAAACGUUGUAUCUUGGUGUCUGCUGGCUCAUGCAUUAUUAUUCCUCCCAUUGAACUUCACAUUAUGUCUCUUGGCAUUGUAUAAGUUCAUGGGUAAGGCCACCUGGGCUGGUGUUGUAGCUGCUAGUGCCAUGAUCCCCCUCAGUGGGGUUAUAAGCUCUUCACUCUUUUUGGUGUUCCCAAAAUUGAUGAAGAGUCGUGAUAAAAGAGUCAGUUUCACUACAGAAUUACUUAAUUCAAUAAAAAGUAUUAAGCUUUACUCUUGGGAAUCUUCCACGAAGGAAAGAUUACAUGAAAUUAGAAACAACCAAGAGUUAAGGUACUUACAAAAAAUUGGAAUUAUCUUUGGAUUUAUUCAAUUUGUUUGGGGUUGUGUGCCAUUUGUAAUAUCCUGUGCCUCAUUUUGGUACUUUUCCAAGUUCUAUAAUAUACCACUUGUACCCGAGAUUGUGUUCCCGUCUUUGGCUCUUUUCGAUGGACUUAUGGGUCCUGUGGCUAUGGUUCCAGUGUUUGGAUCUCAAUUCGUACAAGUGAGAGAAUCAUUGAUCCGGUUAGUAGAUCUUUUAUUGUUGGAUGAACAAGAAAUUACCCCAAGAGUAAAUGGAAAUAUAUCACAAAUCCCAAUCAAGUUUAACCAUGCAACGUUUUUAUGGACAAAACCAAAAGAAUUUGACCUUAGUGAAGAUCUGGAAAUUGAAUCAACUAUCAAGCCAGCCCUUAGUGACUUGGACUUUGAAGCUAACAAAGGUGAACUUACUUGUGUGGUGGGUAAAGUUGGUAGUGGUAAAUCAUCAAUAUUAAAGGCUAUUUUGGGCGAAUUACCAAUUUCACUCAAUACUAACAAGUCCGAUAUUCAAGUAAAUGGUUCAAUUGCUUAUUGUUCGCAGAUUCCUUGGAUUUUAAAUGGGACAGUGAGAGAAAAUAUUUUAUUUGGCUGCAAAUUUGAUGAAUCAUUUUAUAACAAGACCGUGGAUGCCUGUGAACUUCUUAAGGACUUUGAGCAGCUUCCAGAUGGAGACUCUACACUUGUUGGAGAGAAGGGUAUUUCACUUUCCGGUGGGCAAAAGGCCAGAUUGACACUUGCUCGGUCUGUCUAUUCUAGAGCAGAUAUUUAUCUCUUAGAUGAUGUUUUAUCAGCAGUUGAUGUACAUGUUGGUAAGAAGAUUAUUCAUAAAGUAUUAAGUCCAAAUGGGAUUCUCAAGGGUAAAACCAAAGUUCUUGCUACAAAUUCCGUUCCAGUGUUACUGGUGGCCAAUAGUAUUUAUCUUCUUCAAGGGGGCAAAAUUGUGGAAUCCGGAAGUUAUUCAACAUUAAUCAAAGCGGGUGAUCAAUUCUCGAACUUUAUUAAAGAAUUUGGUAAGGAUUUAUCAAGUAGUGAGCCAGUAGAAGAGAAAUCAUUGGAUAUUGAAGAGGCUCAAGAUGAGAAUAAUCCCCUAACUUUGGUCAAAUCGAACGAAUCUAUAGGUCCUAGUAGUCUUAUUUCUAUCUCUGAAGAUACUGCCGGUGUCCACGAUGAUGAAGUAACUGCCAAGGGUCAAGUCAAAUUGACUAUUUUUAUUGAAUAUUUGAAAGCCUUCAACUACAAAUGGGCAAUAGUUUAUGUCCUAGUUAUGUUGUUAUUGUCCUUCUCUGGUGUUUUGGAAAAUGCAGUGUUGACAGUUUGGUCACAACACAAUUCCAAUGCAGGCACCAAUGUCGAUACCCGAUAUUACUUAUCGAUGUAUAUCUCCUUUGGUGUGGGUGCUGCCGUGUUGAACCUUGUUUCCAACUAUGUGUUGUGGACAUUUUGUAUUCUCCCAUCUGCUCGUUACUUCCAUGACACAAUGAUUAACCUGCUCUUACGUGCACCUAUGCGUUUCUUUGAAACCACCCCUGUGGGUCGAAUCUUAAAUCGUUUCACGAAUGACAUACUGGUGGUUGAUAUGGAGCUUCCCUUUGUAUUUAUGUCGUUUUUCCUGGCAAUGAUUAGUGGGGUGGUGACGUUUUUGGUGGUGAUUUAUAAUCUUCCUCUAAUGAUCUUCGUUAUUGGACUGCUCCUUGUGGCAUACAAUGAGAUCCGGAAGUAUUAUAUUCCCUGUUCCAGACAACUCAAUCGUUUGAGUAAGAAAACUUCAAGCCCUCAAUUGGCACAUCUCCAAGAAUCCAUAUCUGGUAGUGAUACUAUUAAGGCAUAUGGGCAAUACACACGGUUUGUGGACAAGAAUGUACGGAACAUUUUCCGAUCUGUCACGGUUAAUUAUUGUAACCAAAGUUGUACUAGAUGGUUACAAAUUAGAUUGGAAACCAUUUCCUCGGUAAUCCAUUUCAGCGCUUGUCUCUUGUUAUUACUUACUGUGGGUAGCAAGAGACAGAUCCAAGCAGGUCUUCUUGGGUUUAUCAUGCUGUAUGUAUCUAGAGUGACCGGUGUGUUGAGUACAUUCAUACAUUCUGUAUCGUCUGUGGAGACUCAAACUAUUGCCGUGGAAAGAGUUAUUGAGUACUGUAAUUUGACCCCAGAAGCUCCAGAAGUUAUUGAAGAUAAUAUCCCGCCCUUGAACUGGCCAUCCAAAGGUGCCAUUCUGUUUGUGAAUUAUUCUACCAGAUACUCUGAAGACUUGGACCCGGUCUUGAAAGAUAUCUCCUUUGAAAUCAAUAGUAAUGAAAAAGUGGGGAUUGUAGGUCGAACUGGUGCUGGUAAGUCCAGUAUCACCCUUGCUCUCUUUAGAAUCAUCGAGGGUAUCUCCGGGCAUAUUGAAAUCGACGGAGUAGAUAUUAGCAAAAUCGGAUUAGCGGACUUGAGAACAAAGUUGAGUAUUAUUCCCCAGGAUGCCACUACAGUGGAAGGGACGGUAAGAGAAAAUUUGGAUCCUGGCAAGAAGUUUACCGAUGAAGAAUUAUGGAAUGUGUUGGAAUUGGCACAUUUGAAAGAACAUAUUGCAAGCAUGAAGCCUCAAAAGAAGGAGACAGAGGAUACUUCCGACCCCGUGAAAACCUCUGACACAAGUGAAAAUUCUAGUCCUGAACCAAAAAAAGUCGGAGAUACAGAUGAUGAAGACUAUGGAACUGGUUUGGAAGCAAAGAUUGCUGAAGGGGGGUCCAAUAUAUCUUCUGGUCAGAAACAACUUCUUUGUGUGGCCCGAGCAUUGUUGAAUCCCUCAAAGAUCCUCAUUCUUGAUGAGGCUACUGCUGCAGUCGAUGUGCAAACAGAUAAGCUUAUCCAAGAGACCAUUCGUACCGCAUUCAAAGACCGUACCAUCUUAAUUAUUGCCCAUCGUUUGGAGACUAUCAUGGAUUGUGACAGAAUUCUUGUCCUAGACCACGGUAAGGUGAAGGAGUUUAACACCCCACUGAAUCUACUCGAAGAUGAACUGGGAGAUUUUUAUCUGCUUUGUAAGGAAGGUGGACAGUUCUAAACUACUACUACUAAUACUACCACUACUACCUUAUAAAUUUUAAUUGGACUGUUAUAUAUUCUAUUGUUGUAGUCUUCUCUAUCUAUCUAACAC